CCGCUUCUGACUGCUGUGUGCGGUUAGCUUUAUUCACCGUAAUACAUGCAAUUUGCAUGGUAUAUUCCAAUACACACACACACAGCCGAGCCGGAAUAUGGCAGUAAAAAUGCCCGCAUGAUAAACACACAUAUCCACACGGUGCUGUGUUCCCCACAUCCACCAUCAAUACUUAUAGUACACGGGCAAAAUAUACAACCGCGUCAUUUAACACGUACACCAACUGGAUGACUGAUGCAGUAGUUAGUUAUUCGCGAAAUCACUCAGAAACGGUGCCAGAACCGUUCUUCUGUUAGGAGCUUGAAACGGUUAAACCGUCCAUAUAUCCUCCGACAUGUUCAAAUCCGGCUUCCAGCCAGUGUGCGUGCUAUACCAAGGAAAUCAAUCGCCUUUUGAUGGUAGCUGUCAACUGGUUUGCCGACACCAGAUACAGGAGACACAAAUCAGCCAAGGAGAUACUGUGACGGUGGUAGAUUUUGUUGAGUCACAAGGUAGCAGCAAUGAGGCUUCCAAGGAUGUAGGUCCAGUCAUCAGACAGGCCAUUGUCAUGGGACAAGAAAUGGUGUCCAGUCUGAUCGGGGCACAAUUUCAGACCAAACAGUCAGAAGAACCGAAAUCGAGCAAGAAGCGGAAGGUUUCUGAGGAGCAAGAAACUCGGAGGGAAGAUAAAGCUAGACAUGAGGAGAUUAGCCUGCUACGUGGUGUCUUCGCAGCCGUCAAGGUACUCAAUGAAGAAGUAUCGAGGCAAGCGAGGGAGCUGUCUCACAUGAAGCAGCGGCAAAUCCAGAUGAUGAAUCUACUGGACGCGGUGUGUCGUAAACAGGACGGUAAAAGUGUGGGAGGAUUUGGAGCCCCACCUUCCAUCUCUGCAGAUGCACAGAGUCAGGAGGAGGAAGAGGUAGUAGAGUCUGGGCCAAUCAUAGCAUCUGUACGAUCCACUUUUGCAGAAACUACAAGGCAAGUCCAGGACGAAGAAUACAGUGUUGUCAAAGUCUCUGCAGAAGCUUCGUCACCCGUUUCUGAGCAAGGUAGCGAGACAUUCGAGGAGGACUUGUUGUACUCGGCUAUCAAAUUGUCACCUGGCAAUGACCAUGGAUGGGAGCAGGACCAAGGCUCAUCCUCAACCUCACCGGUUCUGGACAAGAGGAAAGAUUAUCUUGAACUGUAUGUGGGCAAAUGGAGGCGUGGUGAGAAUGUUGAGAUCGGAAACUUCACUCUCAAAGUGAUGAUGCCAAUUACCGAGCUAGAAGACAUUCUGUACAAGACGAAUAAUGCAACAAGUUUCGGCUAUCGCUUGGCUGGGAAGUGUUUCACGUCAAGGGAGAUGGUGGAGGGCAACACACGUGGUGGUGGAUUCCGCACAGAUGGUGAGAUCUUCAAGCAGCUGAAUCCGGACGUUGUGGAAAUGAUAUUAGGUGAAGUGAAGAAACGGUUUCCAUUCAGUGCGUCUGACGAAUUGCUUGCUCGCAGUGUACGAAACGCCAUCAACGAGAGGGCUCGUAAUGAAAGAAAGAGAAUAGCUAGGUACCAAAUGACCAACAAAUUUGAAGAGAGUCCUUUAACAAACUGACAUUCUAAGCAAAAAUGAGACUUGAUCAUAAAAACUGAUGGCCAAGUAACUGUUGUGGAACAAACCUUUCGCGAAUCACAACCACUUGUUAAAUUCCUGUUUUGUUACCAUUGACUCUUAUCAAAAGUAGAACAUUUGUGAACACUCAUGUGAUACACAUACAUUUUUACCUUUCGAGCAACUAUUCUUGGAAUAAAAAAGUAUUUUUUUUGAAGAAAAAAAAGAACUACAAAAACUCCAUACAUAUAUAUUUACAGCUGAAUGUUAUAUUAUGAGUUGUACAUAUCACGGGUAUGCACAUGUCUUACAAAAUAGAUCAUACCUAUUAAACAUACAUGUGUUAUGCAUAGUAUACAAUGUAUGUAAGUUUUAACUAAAAGCUAUUGUUUAAUGUUAUCCGUAUUUGAACCAGACACUACUCAUAACUUCAACACUUGAGCUUGUCUUAACAUUUUGUCAAAGUGUAUAACUGUAGUGUACAACAAGGAUAACUUUUUUUACUUUCAUGGGUGCAUAAUUGCAUUCUAUUUUGGGAUUGAUACUGUUUUUCCUUUUCAUUUAAUCUUUUGAUAACUGUUACCAAUUGAUGUUAAAGGGAGUUUAUCCUGACGAGACUACGUGUCUUUCCCGUGGCCUGAAUCGGGGCCAAUCGGGUAUAAUAUGACUACAGACAUACGCGAAACCGAAGCGUGAGGAGAACUUUGGUCUGUUUCGCGAAUGCUGCCUACUGUUAAUCAAGUCUAUUCUAUUUGCAGUUGUCCGAUAAAAGACGUAGAUGGCGUUAACCAGUAUUUGCCAAGCUACACUCCCUUUAACUUGUAAUCACUUAGAGCUGUAGUUGAGAUGUGGGCUCGAUCUUAUAAAAAGUUAUGACUGAUUUGAAUUAAUUCUUUUGUAACCAGACAUUGAUAUCGAUUCCCAAUCUUUAGAGCACACUCCCAAGUGAAGAAUGACAGUUUGUAACUGAUAAAGGGACAUGAGAUCAAUCAAAACAAUAUGUUCACCUUCAAAUGUAGUGUUUUUUUGGAGUUGUCAGUUGUCAUGAAGAAAACUUAAUUUGUUGUUUAAAUCACAGCACAUGAUUAGUGAAGUGGAGGCUGUUUGUUCCUCCACUAUCUCUGGUGUUUGAUUGCAAAUGAUUUCCAACUUGAUAAACAGUAAUUGUUAGUUUUUACUAAUCAUUUUCUGAAGGAACAUUAUGGCAAACAAUACACUGUGACACUUACAGAUAUGCAGAUUACUACUAUCUUGCUUUGUUAAUGAAAAGAUAAAUUAAAACCAUUGAGUAACAAAGCAGUUGAUGAAAACUGUUUUGUUGUAGAA